GGAACAGAAAGCGGCUAGGUGAGUGAAGAGAGAGGAGGAGAGAAGACACUCGUUUGACUGAGCCAGAGUAACAGCUGUGCAGGAUUUGAAAACAAGACGAGCUUCUGCGGCUGCUGUUUUGCUGCUGCUGUGGUGUUGAUGUGUUGGUUUGUAAAGCAUUUCAGGUGAAGUGUGUGAAGAGCAGUGAAGAUGGCAGAAGCUUCAGCUAUUCCUGGGCCAUCCCAAGGGAGCAGCAUCACUCAGGGCUACUCAGACUCCAAGUUCAUUGCUAUCAUGGCUGAAGUGUGGCAACUCAAGAUAAACCCUCAAGAGUUCCAACAUAUAAAGCCCGAGCUUGUGCAGAAAAUUUACUAUUCACUUCUGAAGGAUAUAGGAAUUAACUUGGAGACACUGAAUCAGAUUCCAGCAGAGUUACUUGACAUCGUCCAAUCCACUGAAGAUUACAUUGGAGCUUUAAGACUCUCAAUGUUAGCGUCACACAUGAGGAAGCACUUAAAGAAAAUCUACAAUGAUGACUCCUUCAGGCUGGCAGAUGUCAUCAACCCAAAACCGAAACGGACCAGGAAAUUCUUUGCAAUGAUCUACAACUUCAUGGUAUUCACAGAGGAAUUCUUUCAAAAACUGGAAGAGAAAGAAGGAGAGGUGAACCUACUCAUAGAACGGAGAGAGAAAAUGAACACCAAAUUACAAAAGAUUCAACAGCUCAUCGAUGAUAGAAAGGAGGAGAAUACAAGGAGUGAGGUGGCAAAGGAAGAGGAAUUGAGAAGAAUGGAGGAAAAUAACAUGAGAAUGGAAAAGUGUCAAGAAGAGAAGUCCACUCUAAAGGGCCUGCUGGAUAAACUCAACCUGUUGUUGACCAGUUUGAACACAGCAAAGAAGGACAAGGAACUGAAGGCCCUGGAGAUGAAGGAUGAAGUGCAAAAAUUGGAGGGCCUUGUGAUUCAACCUGGUGAGCAAGAGAAGAUUAGGAUGAUGGACAAGAAGAUAGCAUCAGUGAAGGAGGACAAACAAGGCAAGAAAGAACAUCUGAACCUACUGCAGCAGAAGAUGAAGACAAAAACUUCAGUGAAGGAGAAAAUUGAUAAAAUUAUAUCUGCGCUGCAAGAAAUUGAGCUUGAAAGAUCUAAGACAGAAGAAUUGAAGAACAGUCUUGAAAUAAAAAUCUCUGAAAUGUUGGAGCUUCAAGAGAAAAUAAGAGACCAAGAAUCCCAAAAUAUGAAGUCAAUUGAGGCUCUCAAACUGGAAAAAGACAAUUGUCAGUCUAUGCUGGUGAGUUGGGACCACAAGAAGAUAAGCCUAGAGAUGGAACUCAAAGAACGCAAAGGGGUGCUGGAGGAUUUGUACCGGAAACUGACUGAAGACGACAUUGCAUAUAAUGACGGGAUUAACACCAUUAAUGAACUAGAAAUGCAACUGAACCAGGCUAUUAAAAAAUUCAGUGGUGUCAAUACCAUGAUGAAAGAAAACUAUAAGAUAAUGCUGAAUGCAAUGGAGCAAGAGAAUGUGGAUCUGAACGAGACACUCUCAGAGGUUGCAGAAUGUGUAGAAGAAUUCAAGAAAUUGGGAUAAAUAAGUCCUGGCUAUGUAAGAUGGGUUAGAGGUUAUAAGCUGAGACCAUUCAUUUCAUCUAUUCCAUUUCAUUCAUCUUUUUCCAAAUUCAUCUCACGCUGCUUUAAGUUUUCUUUGGCAUCUUUGACAUAUCUCAAUUUUCUUGUCAUUCAAGUUUUCUUUGGCAUCUUUGACAUAUCUCAAUUUUCUUGUCAUUCAUAAUAUAUUGAAGCCUGCAUUGUAUUUUGGAUAAUAAUAAUCUGGGAGUAGGAAUGUCAUCUUCCACACCUGUCACUUUUAGUUAUUUUUGAAAUUUCUCACCUUCCAAACCUGUAACUUUGUUAUUUCAUUUGUCUAUAAAAUAAA